AUGUCCGAACUGAAUUUGUUUGACCACCAAGCCAUGCUCAACAUCACUCUCAGAUACUCCGGCGUGCACUCCCAGGUGCCAGUGGAGGGACAGCCUCUGGGUGCGCUGGGGACCCUGGCCAUGGAGUUUGAGUGGCCCCACGAGGUGACCAAUGGGAAGUGGCUUCUCUACCUGACUGAGAUCGUCACCAAAGGAACAACUGAGACACACUGUGUCCCUCCAGGGGACAUUGUCAAUCUGCUCAACCUCACGUUGUCCGAGAACAGGAGCAAGCGUCCCAAACGAGGGGUGGAGGAUGAUCAACCUCAUAUCAUCGAGCCGCAGGCAGCCAUUACUGUGCUGACACGUCGCAAAGAAACCUAUCUACUGGAAUGUUCAAAGUGGACGGCCCACUGUGUGACGUUCACCUGUCCCUUGAUCAACAUGUCUACCUCUGCCAAUAUCAUUGUGGGGUCAAGGGUGUGGAACAGCACUAUGCUAGAGGACUACAACAAUGCUUUGAGGAUCAAGGUUAGAGGUCAGGUCACACUGAAACUGGUGACAGACAUCAAGAUGGAAAGUGAGACCAGAGAGUUCAUAGUGGACAUUGACCCAGUCCUUGAAGAGGAGACACCUUACGAGGUUCCCUUGUGGAUCAUCAUUAUUGCCGCGGUAGCAGGGAUCCUACUGUUAGGAGUCAUCAGUAUCAUACUAUGGAAAUGUGGUUUCUUCAGGAGGGCCAGCAGGCCAAGGCCCAGAAGGCUGAGAAUAAGAUCCUGCCCUCAGAGGCUGACUGAGGACUACUGAGACAGGAGAGGCCCCCACUGAGGGACCAUGCAAUACUUCUCUAGGGCUCCUGGGUAAUGCAGUCCUUUGGCCUCUGCCACUGGCAGCUUCGGGCACACUAGACGUAAUGGCGUGUAGAUUGUGGGAUGUAGUUGGUUAUAGGCAAUUCAUGUGUUGAAGGGGAAUUUGGACUUCUCCUAUACUAUUUUUUUCUUCACUGUCAAUUCUAAUGAGCUUUUAUUUCACCCUUAUUUUUUAGUCUGAUAGAUUGUACUUUGCCUAAAUUUCUCCUUGUCUUUUCAACCUCAUUUACUAAGUAUCUAUUCUACUGCAUCUCUCACUCUCUGGAUGAAUGUCUUUACUCUCUCUCCUCUUCAAUCUGUUUUUUACUCUAUGGGAAAAUGUAUUUCUUUUACUGACCUACAUGGUCUAAUUUGGUCUAAUUCCUUA